AUGAAAUUCACGACAGUUCUCCCUGUGCUUGUAGGAGCUGCUCCUGCCUUUGGCCAGGUCAACAUCAAGCCCGAUGAGAGUGGUCGAUACACAAUCUCUGCCGACGGUAUCAAGGCACAAUUCAUUCCAUACGGCGCAACCCUUACCAACCUGUUUGUGAAAGACAAGGAUGGCAAGGACAUCGAUGUCGUGCUUGGGUACGAUAAUACCUCAUACUAUCCCGUCGAUAAAGGCCACCCCGUCUACAAUGCCAUUCCCGGCCGCUACGUCAACCGGAUCGGCAAGGCUACAUACACGCUCGACGGCAAGAAGUACCAAACCGAGGCUAAUGACGGCCCCAACACUCUGCACAGCGGUACCAACAACUGGUCGUACCGCGUCUGGAACGUCACGGCCGCUGAGAAGGACUCGAUCACCUUCUCGAUAACUGACCCUGCCUAUGCCGAGAAGGGCAUGCCUGGCGAGGUCGAUGCGUCGGUCACAUAUAGCGUCGCCAACAGCACCUGGCACAUCAAGAUGGCUGCCGCCGCGCCGGAAACCCGCACCCCCCUCAUGCUGACCCACCACACCUACUUCAACCUCGACGCCUACAAGGACCCCGCCACGAGCAAGAUCUGGAACCACACGCUGUACAUGCCCCGCGCCAACCGCUGGCUCGAGGCCGGCGACGACGCCGUCCCCACGGGCAAGGUCCUGCCUGCCCAGCCCAACAGCAUCAACGACUUUGCCAGCGCCCCGGACAUGCAGCUCGGCCACGCCUCGGGCGACCCUAAAUUCGCGGGCAACUGCGGCGGCGGCGGCGCCUGCGAAGGGUACAAUGGCUACUUCGUCUUUGACGACUCGUCCGAGAAGGGCAAGGCCGACGACCCGGACGUCAUCCUGGCGAGCAGCUUCUCCGGAGUGCGGGCCGAGCUGCGGACCGACCAGGCCGGCGUGGUCAUCUACACCUGCAACUGGAUGGACGGGACGGCGGAUCUGAAGAGCACGCAGGGUCUCAAGGAUAGGAAGAAGGUCGCGCGAAGCUCUUGCGUGGCUAUUGAGGCCCAUGACUGGGUUGAUGGUAUCAACCACCCGGAGUGGAAGCGUCUUGAUGCCCAGAUCAAGGGUCCUGGUGAGAAGUAUAGCUGGGAGAGCUCGUGGUCCUUUGUUGUGAUCAAGACAUAG